AUGGUCUCUGAAACUGGCAACGACAAUCUGAAGGCCGACUAUCUCCAAUACGAAUCGAGCUACUCCCCCGACUCAGCCUCUCCGGAAGCCGGCCAGCCGAGCAGGAGGCGGGACACCCAGACCACCAGCGGCAGCGUCAACCCGGAGGAGAGCGGCAGCAUCCAGCCCCUGGUCUCCUCUGCCGCGGCCGCCUCCUACAUCAUGACAUCGGGGGAGUUCAUGCAGAGCGCCCCGCUGCUGGCGCACCGGUCCAAGAGGAGCCUGCUGUACAAGGCGCUCUGCUUCCUGCUGCUCGUCUUCCAGGGCGGCGUCCUGGACUUCUACCUCAUCAUCUUCACCGACCUGUACUGGUGCUCGUGGAUCGCCACGGACCUGGUGGUGAUCUCGGGCUGGGGCAUCUUCUUCAUGAAGAACGCGCGGAGCAAGCGGCAGCGGGCCUGCGGCUUCCACCAGAAGGGCUCCAUCUUCGGCUGCAACCUCGGCGAGUUCACCUACGCCUACCUGGCCUGGCUCAUCUAUGUCAUCGCGUGCACCCCCAAGGUGGUGCUCAUCCUGGAGACCUCCAUCCUGGACCUGGUGGCGCUCAAGGUGCCGUGCGGGGCCACCGGGUUCAAAAUCGUGGUGCUGCUCUCCGCGCCGCUGCUCUUCUGCCUCAUCAACUCCAUCAUCGAGGACCUGAACGGGGCGACGCGGCACCACUCCCACAGCUGCUUCAUGGGCACCUGCCUGGACCUGCUGGACAGCUUCACGCUGCUGGAGAUGCUGCUGCGGAGGGAGAUCCCCACCGCCUACCUCAAGUACACCGUCAUCUCGGUGUACUUCGUGGCCCUGGCCGUGCCGGUGGUGUGGCUCUACGAGCUGACCGCGUCCGAGCUGCGGUGCCGGUGGCUGUGGGCGCGCUUCGCCACGGCCCUGCUGGUCAACGCCCCCCUGCUGGUGGUGCGCUGCUUCCAGGUGUACGUGUACGAGAUGCCCGUGUCGGUGUUCAUGUUCAAGAACAUCUUCUUCCUGGCGUGCGCGCUCCUGGAGCUGGUGGAGCAGUGCGCGGCGGUGCGCGGGGUCCGGCGGCUGGCGGGCGGCGGCAACACGGCCCAGUUCUCCCACUGCGUGUCCGAGAACGACAUGUGUCCGCACGGAUACGUCAACACCCUGGCCGUCACCCAGUCGUAGAGCCCCCGGGGGGCUGGGGUGCGGCUGGAGUCGUGCUGCGCGCCUGGCACUGCUGGAUAAACUCUGAAUCACAAGUCAAACCUCUGCUCCGGAUAGUGUCUUCAUUUAGACCAGUGAUGAACUGAAUAACAGACAAGCAACAAACCCAAGUGUGAGCGCGGGUGUCCUUCCUCCAGCUGCCUGAGGUCGUGGGUCGGCUGUGAUUUCACAACGAUGGAGGAAAGGGGCAGGAUUUCAGUCAGUUCAACUGCAGGCGGUGCAGCAGAAUGUUGAAUAGACAGAAUAAUAGGUUAAUAAUUUAUAAUUAAAUAGAAAAAUUCAUCAAAUAGAUUGAUAAAAUAUUCAGAAGAUCAACUUUGCUAUGUUUGCAGAGUUUUCAGCCACAUCUCACAGUCUUCUCCAGAGUUUCCAUUCGUGUCAUCAUGUGCUCAAACUGUGGAUCAAAGUGGUUUUAAAUGGAGGGAGGACGGUGAUCUCUGGUAAAUUCUGAUUUUAAACAGAUUGCAUUUUCUGAUGUCACAUGAUGAAAACAGAGGCAUCUCCAUGAAAAACGACAGUAUGCAAUGAUGUAGACCAUUGGAUGUGAUCGAAAACUCUUUAAAAGUCAGCAGAUCUUCAAAUAAUUUCUUAUUACAACACAAUACAAGUCAAAUGUCAAAGCCUGAACUCUCACUAAAAUGUUGGAGAGUUGGUUUGUCCCCUCUGCAGACACCAGGGUGCUGCUGUGACAUUGUCCCUGAUGUGUGACGUGUCUGUGGACGGUUACAGAUCUUAGAGGUGCUGCUGCGCAAACAAUGUUACGUGUUGACUGAGAGCAGAAUGGUUUCCGAUUGUUUGUUUCUUCUCAUGUAUUGAGAAGAAACUGUAAUUUUGAAUAAUAUUAUAUCAUAGUAUUUAUUAUAGUAUUUUAUACAACUUCCUCGUGCCAGUAAUUUAAACCUUUGCUUAUGCUCUCUGAAAAACAAUCUUUAUUUGGAUUUGCACACAAACUUCACCAUCCCAACCACACAAGCCGUUUAAUCACAAGCAGGACUGUUUUAUUUACAUGAAACUUUAAACUGACUUAUAGUGGACCUUUAACCUUUAACCUGCAUGAAUAAGCACAGUAACACUGAAACUACCAAAGGCUUACAUGGACGUGGCUAUUCAAAUUAGCGGGUCAUGCUAAACAGAUUCAAAUGUUUAGGUUUUUUGGGGGGCUGUGUACACUUAAAAACACUCAUAUUUUUCAAUAUAUGGGUUUCUCUUUUUCUUCAAACUUGUUUACAGGGAUAGGCCAUUGCUAUUGUUUACACAUAGGACUAUACUCUGUACUGUAAAGUUGUGUGGUGUAUAUCUGUACCGAUAUAAUCAAAUCUAUGUACUGUAGAUGUAAAUCAGAGUAUUAUGUGGUUGAAACCUGAAAUAAAUCUGAAGAAAUUG